ACAACAGCAGCAGCAGCAACAACAAGAACUUCAUCUUCAAGCAGGAGGACAACAACAGCUGCGAUCCAACGGAUUUUAAGCGGCAACGAACAAGUCACAGCUCGAGUCACAGCUCGAGUCACAGCUCGAGUCACGGUCAUAGCCUGCACAGCCAUUUGGCCGCCACGCCGCCGCAGCUGCAGCAACGCUUGAGCGGCGCCUCCGCUCCACAUAAUCCAGCUGCAGCCGCUGGCAGCAGCAACAGCAGCAGCAGCAGCAGCAACAGCAGCGGCAGCGGCAGCAUCACCGCCUCCGUCGCCAUGCCGUCGGAGGGACUGCAUCCGACGGCCGCUUUGCAGCUUUAUGCGGCCGCCGCACAGCUGGCGCCCGGCGGCGUGCGCGUCCCACCGUGGGGCUCCUUUCUGCAAUUCAACAUGCCCAGCGUCUUUGGGCCGAACGGUUCGUUUUUGGGCCGUCCACGCUUCGAGGCAACGGCCGGCGGACAUCCCACCACAGCCGCUGCAGCAGCGGCGGCUACCCAAAUGGCCGCGGUCAAUGCCAGCAAUGCGUUCGCCAAUCUCACCGGGCUGAGCGCCGCGGCGCUGCGCAAUGUCAGCGCCGCCCAGACGACAGCCGUCGCCGCCGUCGCCAGCACCGUGGCCACCAUACAGCAUCGCCUCAUGAUUGGCAACCGGCAGAGCCUGCCGCCGGCGGGUCCGCCCAGCGAGGGCUCCAACGAGGACGGCGGCUUUCCCGGAGACGGCGAUGACGACAGCAGCGCCGCGAAACGUCGACGCUCGCGCACAAACUUCAACUCGUGGCAGCUGGAGGAACUGGAGCGCGCCUUCUCCGCCAGCCAUUAUCCGGACAUAUUCAUGCGCGAGGCCCUGGCCAUGCGUCUGGAUCUCAAGGAGUCGCGAGUUGCGGUAUGGUUCCAGAAUCGACGUGCCAAGGUGCGUAAGCGCGAACACACCAAAAAGGGUCCCGGACGACCCGCACACAAUGCACAGCCGCAGACCUGCAGCGGCGAACCGAUUCCUCCCAACGAGCUGAAGGCCAAGGAGCGAGCGCGACGGCGCAAGAAGCUGGCCAAGGCAAUCGAUAGGCAGGCGCGCAAGCUGCAGGCGAAGGGCAUCACCGUUGACCUGGAGGCGCUCAAGGCCGAAUACAUAUCACAGCACAAGGCGAACGGCACGUUCUCCGACUCCGAUCUGGAGGACGAUGGCAUACAGAUCGAUGUGGUGGGCGGCACCGACAGCGACGACGAGCUGGACAGCGAUGCGGUCAGUCCACCACGCAUGGGCGCCGGCCAUCACGGUCUGUCCCACUGCGGCGGCAUACUGGAUGCGGACGGGGACAGUUCACGUGCCGGCAGCUAUAUUGGCGGCGGCGGCAGCCUGGGCAGCCCCAGCUCCGUAGCGCCACCGACGCUGCACAACAGCAGCAAUGGGGCAGCCGGUGCAGGUGGUGCAGGCGGCGCUGCUGCUGGGGUUGGCUAUAUGCAUGCGGAGCAGUCGGACGCUGGCGAUGCGGAGGAACGGGACUCGUUGUCGGCGCAGGAAUCGGCCUCGCCCAAAUCGCUGCUCUUUCCAGCCAAGGCAUUCCAUCAACUCAACCUGCAGAGCACACAGCAUCACAGCUCGGCGGCGGCAGCGGUCGCCGCGGCGGCCAAUCUUGUCCACCAGACCUCGCCCAUCAGCAUGCGGCGCAGCAAUCCGUUCAGCAUCGAAUCCCUGCUCUUCAACAACACGUGAGGCAGUCCAGCUCAUCAAAUACAGUUGGAUUUUGAUCUGGAUGUGAGCUGGGUCGGGGUCUGGCUCUGGACUGGGUCUGGUGUUUGGGCUCGCUUCAACCUAACCUGAAAGGUCUGCUGGGAGCUGUUUGGCCCAGGGUUGGGUUGUCUUUAACUAUAAUUUCCUUGUCAUUUGAAUUAUGAGUUCCUAAAUGUUUUUGCUCAUUUUGUGUUUGUUUUUUUUUUCUUUCUCAUUGUUUUCUUUUCGGCUCUUAUCCUUAAUCUAAUUAUAAUCUAUCGUCAUUUAAAAGGGUUUUCUUUGACUUUUUCCCACUGGCUUUUACUAUUAGCUUAUACUUUUCACACAUUAUUCCAGUUCUGGGCUCCGAGCUUAAAUCUAGCUAAGUGAUUUUAUUUAUUCCAUUUUUUUUUUUUUUUUUAAUUGUUCCAAGAGAGACUAAAAUUAGCUUCGUAGUGCGCAGUUUAUAUUAUUUUUAAGAUAUGCUUAAAACAAUUUUUUUUAAACAAUUUUUUUCUCCCAAUUUUGUCGUGUGGCUAAGCAAUGCUUAUAAGAAAUGG